GGUUUUUUUUUUAAUCGAUGUGAAUCAGUCAUGAACUGUGACGAUCGCGGACUAGACGUGACGCUCGUUUACUUAGAUUUAAAUCGUAUAUAAGUGUUGAAAAUCAUCUUAAGAAGAUAAAAUUGUUUUUACUUUUCUAAGGGGCGAAACAAUUAUAAUUGUACAAUUAAGGAAAUAUAUAUGAUAUAUAUGAAUGCUUUAAAUUCCAUGGAUUGCACACAAAUAUGAACGUAAAUUUCGAACGUAAAUUUCAACGUAAAAAUCAUCUUGAAGAAAUACAAGGUUUCUAAGAUUUUUUCUAAAGAAAAAAAUGUGAUACAGCUUUAAGCAAUAAGAAUAAUGAAUAUGAUUGGAAUAACGAUAUUAAAGGCACUAAUAAAAGGCAGUUUAUUCUGUCUUUAUUGUUUGCUCGGCCCAUUUUUUAAAUUACGAGGUUUGAAGAAGAAACGACAAUGUCCACCGAUUGAUAAUAAAAUUUUAUUGCAAUCGGCAACAGAAAUCACGCAGAGAAUUCGUAGAAGAGAGAUCGGUAGCGAAGAAAUAAUUACCGCGUAUAUAAAGCGAUGCAAAGAGGUAAAUCCCUUGAUCAAUGCAAUUGUGGAAGAUCGAUUCGAGGCGGCGAUUCAAGAAGCUCGUAAAAUCGAUGACUUUUUAAAAUCGACGACGAUGGACGAGGCAAGAAUUGCAAUCGAGAAACCGCUACUGGGUCUACCUGUUACCAUUAAGGAAAGUAUUGCUGUUCAAGGAAUGAGUCAUUCGGUGGGAGUAAAAGAUGCUCCUUCGAGGGCGAUGAGUGACGCCAAUGUCGUGACGAAGAUUCGUGAAGCUGGUGGUAUUCCUAUUCUUGUCAGUAAUACACCAGAAUUGUGUUUGUGGUGGGAUACAUUUAAUAAAGUAACUGGUACCACCAAAAAUCCUUACGAUAAUCGAAAGAUUGCUGGCGGCUCUUCCGGUGGUGAGGCUGCUCUUCUUGGCGCUGGUGCUUCCCUUUUAAGUUUAGCUUCAGACAUCGCUGGAUCGGCCAGACUUCCGGCAAUGUUUUGCGGAGUUUUCGGUCAUAAACCUACACCUAAUUGGGUUUCGGUAGAGGGUCACAAGCCUGACGCAAAUGACAAAAAUUGGCCUUAUUUUUUUACAAUCGGUCCAAUGGUUAGAUAUGCUUCGGAUUUGCCUCUUUUGUUAACAGUAAUAUCGCAAACUGAUGAAGCGAGAAUUGGCUUUAAUAAAAAGGUACGUUUAAAAGACAUGAAAUUCUUUUACAUGGAUCACUGCGGCUCGAGCGUAACAAACUCUGUGAACAGUGAUAUGAAAAAUGUAAUUUACAAACUAAUCAGAUACUUGGAAAUGACAUAUAAUAUCAAAGUACAAAAAGCAAAUUUAAAAGAUAUGAAAUCAUCUUUUGAAUUAAGCGCAUUUAUUCUUUUGAGAAUCCAAGAUAUAUAUUCAAUAUAUAAUCGCACGGAUGAUUUCAAGAAAUCGAAAAGUGUGCUUGUGGAAACAUUGAAGUAUAUUUUUUUUAUGUCACCGCAUACCUUUCCCGCCAUAUGUUUUGGGAUAAUGAAAAAUAUUAGCGAGCAAUUAUCACUCUCAAAAUAUAAUAAAUUAUUAGAGAUGAGAAUGCGGUUAAAACAACAAUUUAAGGAACUGUUGGGCGAUAAUGGUGUAUUAAUCUUUCCAUCUUUCACCUCACCGGCGCAUUAUCCUCAUGAAAGUCUAUACAAUGUGUGUAAUUACACUUACAUGAUGAUGUUCAAUAUGUUGGGAUUGCCGGUCACACAAUGUCCACUUGGCUUUAACAAAAAUCAACUGCCUCUUGGACUUCAGAUCGUCGCAAAUCCAGGUUGCGAUUAUUUGACAAUUGCUAUGGCGCAAGAAAUCGAAAGGGCAUUCGGUGGUUGGCGAGAACCAUCGAAAAGCACAAGACUUACUUAUACAACGUAGCAUAAAUUUCAAUGAAAUAAUUCUAAAUUUCAAUGAAAUAAUAUGAUCUUAUUUUUUUGUGAUCUUAUUUUUAAUCAAAGUUGCAGUGAUCUAGCGUAAUUUGCAAUAGAUAAAAGAACCUACUAAAUUUAUAACAAAUUAAAAUUUUAC